UAAUUUUAUGUUAUUAUGCAGGACGGGGUACUACAUAUGUGGUGGAAUGAUACCGAAUGUAACGCUGCAGUGGGUGUGAAGUCCUUCUUCGAUAUGAUGCAUUCCGGACCCAAUAAGCUAAUGCUGUUCGGUGCUGCUUGCACUCAUGUAACCGAUCCGAUAGCAAAAGCUAGCAAACACUGGCAUUUAACCCAACUAUCAUAUGCUGAUACUCAUCCCAUGUUUACUAAGGAUGCCUUUCCCAAUUUUUUUCGCGUCGUACCAUCCGAAAAUGCUUUCAACGCGCCACGCCUUGCUUUAUUAAAGGAAUUCAAUUGGACACGUGUAGGAACAUUAUAUCAAAAUGAACCGCGUUACUCUUUGCCGCAUAAUCAUAUGGUGGCCGAUUUAGAUGCUAUGGAACUGGAGGUAGUGGAAACACAAAGUUUUGUUAACGAUGUCGGUGAAUCAUUAAAAAAAUUACGCGAAAAGGAUGUUCGUAUCAUUUUGGGGAAUUUCAAUGAACAUUUUGCACGACGAGUUUUUUGCUACGCCUAUAAGCUGGAAAUGUAUGGACGCGCUUAUCAAUGGUUAAUUAUGGGCACUUAUUCGUCGGAAUGGUGGAAUACAACAGACUCCGAGUGUACUGUAGAGGACAUUACCUUAGCUCUGGAAGGCACCAUUAUGGUAGACUUAUUACCGUUAUCCACCAGCGGUGAUAUAACUAUAGCAGGAAUUACUGCCGACGAAUAUCUCUCUGAAUAUGACAGUUUGCGUGGCAAUGAAUAUUCCCGAUUUCAUGGCUAUACCUAUGAUGGUAUUUGGGCAGCUGCUUUAGCUAUUCAAUAUGUGGCACAGAAACGUGAAGAUUUCUUAACUCAUUUCGAUUAUCGUGUUAAAGAAUGGGAAAGUAUUUUUCUCGAAGCUUUAAGAAAUACUUCUUUCGAAGGUGUUACGGGCCCUGUACGUUUUUAUAAUAACGAACGUAAAGCGAAUAUAUUGAUAAAUCAAUUUCAGUCGGGCCAAGUUGAAAAAAUUGGCGAAUAUCAUUCGCAACAGAAUCGCUUGGACUUAAGUAUGGGAAGACCCGUUCGUUGGGUGGGCAAAACUCCACCGAAGGAUCGUACUUUGAUUUAUAUAGAACAUAGCCAAGUUAAUAUAACCAUUUAUAUAAUAUCUGCCAGUGCCAGUGUGGUGGGUGUAAUAAUAGCUUUUGUUUUUUUGGCAUUUAAUAUAAAAUACAGAAAUCAAAGGUACAUUAAAAUGUCAAGUCCACAUCUGAAUAAUCUAAUAAUAGUGGGUUGUAUGUUAACCUAUCUAAGCGUAGUAUUUUUGGGAUUAGAUACCACGCUAAGUAGUGUGGCAGCUUUUCCUUACGUUUGUACGGCCCGAGCUUGGGUUCUAAUGGCGGGUUUCAGUUUAGCUUUCGGGGCAAUGUUUUCGAAGACGUGGCGAGUGCAUUCAAUAUUUACCGAUUUAAAAUUGAAUAAAAAGGUCAUCAAGGAUUAUCAAUUGUUUAUGGUCGUUGGUAUUCUCUUGGUUAUCGAUGUAGCGAUUAUAACAACAUGGCAAGUUGCCGAUCCCUUCUAUAGAGCAACAAAGCAAUUGGAGCCAAGACAUCAUGAAUCUAUUGAUGAUGUUUUAGUUAUACCCGAGAAUGAAUAUUGCCAAUCGGAGCAUAUGACGAUAUUUUUAAGUAUUAUUUAUGCUUAUAAAGGUCUUUUAUUGGUUUUCGGCGCUUUCUUGGCUUGGGAAACACGUCAUGUUUCGAUACCGGCAUUAAAUGAUUCCAAGCAUAUCGGUUUCUCGGUGUAUAAUGUUUUUAUUACAUGCAUAGCUGGCGCCGCUAUUUCAUUGGUUUUAUCCGAUCGCAAAGAUUUAGUUUUUGUCUUACUCUCAUUUUUUAUAAUUUUUUGUACGACAGCCACUUUGUGUUUGGUGUUCGUACCGAAAGUAAGACUGGUAUUACUCGAGCUGAAACGCAAUCCGCAAGGCGUAGUAGAUAAACGUGUCAGAGCCACACUGAGACCUAUGUCGAAAAAUCGACGAGAUUCGUCUGUAUGCGAAUUGGAGCAACGUUUGCGGGACGUUAAAAAUACAAAUUGUCGUUUUCGUAAAGUUUUGAUGGAAAAAGAAAAUGAAUUACAGGUUCUUGUGCGAAAAUUGGGGCCUGAGGCAAGAAAAUGGAUCGAUGGUAUUACUUGCAGUAGCGCGGAUAGCGGCAGUUUAGGUGGUGCUGGAGAUACCGAACCCAUACUUAACGGCGCAGAAGCAGUGGGCGGUCAAAAUGAAACGUCUCAUUUAUCAGUCCCACCUUUACGUAGAGAUAUGCCAAGUACAACAGAAAUUACAGAACUAACUUCGGUCGAUAGUGUAACCUCUACUCAUGUCGAAAUCGACAAUUCGGUAGUAUCGGUACAAUCAACGACAGCACCAUCCUUACCUCCAAAAAAAACUAUUAAACGCCAAGAAAGUCUAACGGCACAACAACAACAACCGCAAACGCAACCGCAACCGCAACCGCAACCACGUUUUCAAUUACCAAUCAAACAGCCAUCCCUGACACAACAGGUAAUGCAACCUAUACAGCAGCAGUUGCAUCAGCAGUUACAGCAACAGGCUCAGCUACAAUUGCAGCAGCAUCAAAAACAUCAUGGAGUCAAUAUUUGCAAUGAGAGCCGAAGAGCGGCAGAGAAACGAAAUUCAGUUUCAGCUCAAACCGAUGUUCAUAUUGGCUCAAUAUCUAGCUUACAAGCGCAGGAAUGCAAUAAUGUGCAAAAGGACGACACUACGUUAAGAGAACGUCGUCCGUCCGCUAACGUUAAGUACUAUGAAAAUGGAACUCAGACGCCGAAAGACGCUGAAAGGCACCUAAACAAUAUCAAUCAUCGGAAUUCCUCUACAAAUAUUUCUGUAUCCCAAAGUGAACUUAACAAUGUCUGCCCUCACGCUCCACAUGCUAAAGCCAAUAACGUUGUAAAAAAUCUCGUAAGCACGGAAAAACGCCGCGUCAGUCAAGGCACUACGCAGAGUACAACCAAAUCGAACUUUGUUGUAUCUCAAAGCGAUCUUUGGGAUACACAUACUCUCUCACAUACGAAACAACAUGUACGUCAGUCACCACGUAUUUAUGCUAGUCCUCAACGUUGUUCGGAGCAUAGUCACAUUGUAACGCCUUACGAUCAAAUAACAUCACCGAUUCAACGGUCUGUGUCUGAAAAGAAUCGCAAUAAACAUCGUCAUAAGCCGCAAAAAGGUACAGUAUGUCAAAGUGAAACCGAUAGUGAACGGGAGCGUGAACCUACCCCACCCAGCACUCAAUGCAUACAACAGCGUAAAUUGAAUCGUACGAAUAUACAACAUGCCGCUCAUCAUCAUUCGUCGCCUAACGUAGCGCCCGAUAAACAGCGCAGUGGAGGAACUAAUAAACAUCGAUCAACGAAAUUGGAUUCAACAUCUAUAUAUGGCGCUAGUUCCGAAACGGAAUUAUUGGAUGGCGAGACGGCUAUAUUACCCAUUUUUCGUAAACUAUUAACCGAAAAAAGUGCCAGCUAUCGUGGCAAUGUGGUCGGACAAAGUUGUCCGAACAUAUCGAUAAAAUGCGAUAUAGUCGAGUAUUUGUAAUUAAGAAUUUCAAUCGAAAAUUUGCAAAAAAUUAAGUGAAAUUAUAAAACAAUCGCUAUUGCUUUAGUAUAUAAUGCCAAAGAAAACGGUUCAAAAUUAUAAAAUAAUAAAGCAUCCUGUAGAUAGAUUCCAGAAUUGACAAAAAAAGCGAUGCUUGAACUUAUUUCGAUAUUCGCUUUGAGUUCCUCGUUCAAAUUUUCUUUCUUUAAAAUCGAUUUCCAAAUGAUAACAAAAAUCCGUAGAUGGACGCAUUCGUUUGAUCUUCGGAACGUAUUGGAUUUUGGACCAUCACGAGUAGAAAAAAUAUUGAAUCCAAUCGGACUAAGCGCAAUCGGUUUAGCGCAUUGCACGCGUCAAGUCACAAGCACAAUGCCAAAUUCUCCGCGAUCGAUAUCAUGCGCGCCGGCGCUUCGCACACAAUGCCGCACAACUUAGGAUAACUUGCCCGUUCGAUGUUUUUAUUGAGACCACAAAAUUUCAAAAUAGAUCCGAACAUACUGAUACCGGAACUUAUAAGAAAGUUUUGCGAAUCUGUGGCAAUACAGAUCAAGCGGGAUUUUUGUACGGAGAAUUUUCAUUUUUUUUUUUUUUUUUUUUUUUUUUUUUGUGACAGCAUAUAAUAUCUUGCAAACGUUUUAUUCUACUUAAAAUUAAUAUAACUUAUGUAAAUUAAAAAUUU